GUCAGGCACUGCUCGGAGAGCAGAUUAUGAAGCGGAGCUCGACCAGCGGCAGUCUCCUUUCAUUGUCUCAAUGGCUGCACACGCAUUCCUCCUCUGCUCCCUCGCCUUGCUGUCCGCUCUCAGCCGGCCUGGGCUCUCCUUCACAGAGGAAGAGUUGCAGCCGGGACUCACCUAUGAUGAAGUGCCUGAAAUCCUGGACCUAAGCAAAGUGAACCCCAAACAAGCAACAAGAGUCACAUCAAGUCAAGAUGGUGGGUACGGAUUACAGAGUGAAGAGGUUAUUUUGACGCCUGAAGAUGAAAACCCUCUCAGGAGAAUACUGCAGCCUUUUAAAUGGCAUCAGGCAGGGAUGUCUCACAGUAAGAGGAAGCUACUGCAGUCUCUUAUGGGGCCUUAUGGCCCGCUGAGUGUGUCUUACAAUGGGAAAACCUGCAUUCUGUUCAAGGCAAAGCGCUUGGCAAUCCGGUACAGGAACCAUACCUUCAUCGACCUGACUGAGAGGGUCUUCAACCCCAACUCACCUGUGGACACUAAAGGCUCCAUCUGCACCAAAGAGAAAGCUACGCUUUCAUUACGAUUUGGUGAUGUGGAGGACUUACGAGGUCUAGUAAUCAGGCUUCAAAUGUCAAACACCUUUUACGAGGCAGCUGGUCAAAACUGGUUCACACUAGACAGCGUUCACAUCCACUACAACUGGACCCAGGAGGCUACGUUCAACGCCAGCGAGGUCUACGCUCCUGCCACUUCAUCCUACCAUUGCCAGCACGUCAGCAGCCUGCACAAAUAUGACACCCUGCUCGUGCCCAGCUCCCACACUGACACAUCCGCUAACUGGCACAUCACUUUCACUGAUUUCCAGAUCCAGGCCUUCAAUGUUCAGUCGGAUAAGUUUGCGUCGGCCAGUGACUGUGCCACUUUCCUGACGCCGGCCAUCCUGAUGGGCCUGGUGACAUCUUUGAUCCUGCUCCUUGUCUUAGCCUACGCCCUACAUAUGGUGGUACACCUCAAGCACAUCGACCGCUAUGAGGAGCACAAAGCCACCGUCUACUUUCCCCGCAGUCCGGAGGCCGAAUUGCCCGACAAAAACAGCCUGUGAAAGGAAAAAUAAGAGCUGGAGGACAACAGGGGGAGAGAGAGAGAAAGAAGAAGCUCAGAAGCAAAGCUGAAGGGAGUGCAAGUAAUGAAAAGAGGGAAAAAGUAUCCUCCACAGAAUAUAUGUUCAAGAAAAAGACAACUUUGCCUGUUCUUUUGAAAAACCGUAUAAGUCUUAACUACUUUAAGUAAAUGCAGACCUUGGUUGGAUACUUUUUCUUCUUUCCUAAUUGACCUGCAUCUUGGGAUCCACAUUUCUAAUAAGGCCUUUGGAUGUUCAAGCUCCUCCCUGAGAAAUGUGAAUUGUCAAAGGAGGACCGCCCCAGGGCCCUGAAGGGCAACAGUAUUUACAGGCCUUUACCCCAGUCAGCCAUUAAAACACAAAAGACUAGCACUUGUAGCUAAUACAGCUAACAUUAGAUGCUCCUGAUUAUAUGUAUGUAUUACACUGCUCUCAAGUGUCAAAUUACAAGCUUCCAUCACACACAUUGUCUUUCCAGCUUUCAUUACAGUGUACUUUGUCUAAUACCGCUGCAAGAAAUAUAUGCUUCAAACGGCCAACUUUCUAGCUGAAAUAGCCGUAUUAGCUGCAUGCCAUAAAAGGCUGGUCUAUCUCCCUAGCACAGUGUUUCCUGAUGAAAAGGAUUACAGAGAGUCUUGCAUGAGUUGCAGCUGAAAAAAGUGGCACAGAGUAGAAGGAGCUUGGAAAGCUAAGGAGUGUAAGCAAAAACAAUUAUUGGGAACCACUGGGCUAGCAUCUGGCUGGAGUGAAUGGACUGACUUGCAUUUUCUGGCCCUUCAGAGCCUCUGGCGCCACUCACCCCACC